AUGUUUGUGCACCCGUCACCCACCUGUCAGCCACCCGUCAGCCACCCGUCAGCCACCCGUCAGCCACCCGUCAGCCACCCGUCAGCCACCCGUCAGCCACCCGUCAGCCACCCGUCAGCCACCCGUCAGCCACCCGUCAGCCACCCGUCAGCCACCCGUCAGCCACCCGUCAGCCACCCAUCAAUCACCCAUCAAUCACCCAUCACCCAUCCAACAUCCAUCCAUCACCCAUCCAUCAUCCAUCCACCACCCACCCAUCAUCCAUCCACCACCCAUCAUCCAUCCACCACCCAUCAUCCAUCCACCACCCAUCAUCCAUCCAUCAGCCACCACUCAUACAUCAGCCAUCACUCAUACAUCAGCCAUCACUCAUACAUCAGCCAUCACUCAUACAUCAGCCAUCACUCAUACAUCAGCCAUCACUCAUACAUCAGCCAUCACUCAUACAUCAGCCAUCACUCAUACAUCAGCCAUCACUCAUACAUCAGCCAUCACUCAUCCAUCAGCCAUCACUCAUCCAUCAGCCAUCACUCAUCCAUCAGCCAUCACCCAUCCAUCAGCCAUCACCCAUCCAUCAGCCAUCACCCAUCCAUCAGCCAUCACCCAUCCAUCAGCCAUCACCCAUCAAUCAGCCAUCACCCAUCAAUCAGCCAUCACCCAUCAAUCAGCCAUCACCCAUCCAUCAGCCAUCACCCAUCCAUCAGCCAUCACCCAUCCAUCAGCCAUCACCCAUCCAUCAGCCAUCACCCAUCCAUCACCCAUCACCCAUCCAUCACCCAUCCAUCACCCAUCACCCAUCCAUCACCCAUCACUCAUCCAUCACCCAUCACUCAUCCAUCACCCAUCACUCAUCCAUCACCCAUCACUCAUCCAUCACCCAUCACUCAUCCAUCACCCAUCACUCAUCCAUCACCCAUCACUCAUCCAUCACCCAUCACUCAUCCAUCACCCAUCACUCAUCCAUCACCCAUCACUCAUCCAUCACCCAUCACUCAUCCAUCACCCAUCACUCAUCCAUCACCCAUCACUCAUCCAUCACCCAUCACUCAUCCAUCACCCAUCACUCAUCCAUCACCCAUCACUCAUCCAUCACCCAUCACUCAUCCAUCACCCAUCACUCAUCCAUCACCCAUCACUCAUCCAUCACCCAUCACUCAUCCAUCACCCAUCACUCAUCCAUCACCCAUCACUCAUCCAUCACCCAUCACUCAUCCAUCACCCAUCACUCAUCCAUCACCCAUCACUCAUCCAUCACCCAUCACUCAUCCAUCACCCAUCACUCAUCCAUCACCCAUCACUCAUCCAUCACCCAUCACUCAUCCAUCACCCAUCAUCCAUCCAUGA